UUGGGUCCUGCCCUGGGUUGAGUGUCAGGACAGCUCGGGGACCCCCAAUAGCCAGCCUGACUCCUGCCCCAGGGUCUGGCAUUGGGAGCAGAGAGAUGGCCAUAGCAGGACAGUCAGGGGGAGGGAAGUCAGACACGGUGGACGCAGAGGUUUCCUUGCACAGUGAAGGGCUGUCGGGGAAGUUUGGGCUCGGGGGUGUGCAGAGCUGAGGUCUGCCUUGGGGCGGGAGUACUGGGCUGAAGGUUCUGGUGUUCUCCUUAGUCAGCCCCCUCACCUGCUCUUUGCCUCCUUGCUGCAUUCCUGGGGACGGGUCAAGACUGGCUAAGGCUGCAGGGGUAGAGAGGAUUCCCACACCUCCAGGCACUGUGCUUCUGAAACAGCAGCAGUGGUGGUGCCAGGCAGGCUGGCAGGAGCCCAGAAAGGUGUGCUGAGCCCCUCUGCGGCUCCUCGUUCCUGAGGAUCAUGGCCCUUUCCUCUGCUGGGAACCUGGACACCUUGCUCCAAUCCUGGGCUGUUUACACCAAAUUAAACCCUGGCAGUGCUUGGCACCCCCACUCUCCUUCCCCAACUUUCCUGCCAGCCACAACCACGCCAGCCAUUUGCUCCCAGCAGCAGGCCCAGCAGUGGGCGAAUCUUCAGGGAGAGUCUUGGCCCUGGCCACCCUGUGCUGAGGACUCCCGUCCCGUGGGAGAGCCAGGAGGAGGAUGACCAGGCCUCUGGAGCAGGCGGUAGCUGCCAUCGUGUGCACCUUCCAGGAAUACGCAGGGCGCUGUGGGGACAAACACAAGCUCUGCCAGGCCGAGCUCAAGGAGCUGCUGCAGAAGGAGCUGCCCACCUGGACCCCGACCGAGUUUCGGGAGUGUGACUACAACAAAUUCAUGAGUGUUCUGGACACCAACAAGGACUGCGAGGUGGACUUUGUGGAGUAUGUGCGCUCACUUGCCUGUCUCUGUCUCUACUGCCACGAGUACUUCAAGGACUGCGCCCCAGAGCCCCCGUGCCCCCAGUAGCCUCUGCUCUGGGGGUUGCUCGGGCUGUUGUCUUUCCCAUACGCCCUCCUACCCUUUCUCCUGUGCCCCUUUCAAUCUGGACUUGCCAAGGUCUUCCGUGAUCAGUUCACCCAUUUUACCCAGGAUGUCAGCGAGUGAGGGGUAGAGCCACUCUGGGCCCCAGCCUGCCCGCCGCACCCCCGCUGCCUCCCUUGUGGCUGGGAGGAGGUGGAAUCUUCUCUGAGGCCCCAGUGAGACCUCGAUGGGAAAGGGCCUAUUUAACUCCUAAUAAAAGACUGGCAUCAGC